AUGUCACAGAAUCCCACGGUUUGGGAAUCUGUUAACUUGGAGGCAAAGGCUAUUUAUCCAUUUUCCUCAGAGAAGGAUGGAUAUUUAACACUUAUUGCCGGUGAUUCCCUUCAAGUUUUCAGUCAAUCACAAGAUUGGGUUUACGCUCGCAAUAAAAAUACAUACAGAUGUGGCAUUUGCCCUAAAUCAUUCCUCAAGAUGGGUAAUACUCAGAAUUUCAAUUUAAUUGAUAUCGAAGCUUACGAAGUUUUAAAGAACGAAAAAUUACACGAUAUGCUUCAUCCCAUUUGCGAUAUUCACGGCGAUUCCUUCUACUUACCAGCAAACUACGCUCAGAUUUUAACUCAAUAUACAAAAGUUUUACAUUUAUGCAAGGAAAACAGGUCUCCUACUGAGCUUCAAGAGCUUGUCCGUGCUCUCAACGCUCUCAAGAAGUAUAUCGGGCUCCCAACUGAUCUGAAAAGGUCAGAAAACGAAUCAAUUUUGACAACAACAGAACUAAGGGCUGUAGACCUUAUCGAAAUUCCAAGCGACUCUCGUACGAUGAACUUCGAAACUACAUUAAGCGUAACAAUGAAAUUUACAGUUACAUAUAACGCCGAAGCCAGAAUCUGCCCAAGGCUUUACUCCAUACAAGGCAACAAGCGAGAAAUCCUCAAUGCACCCGCAGAUAUCUAUCACCAUCAAUCCGAAAAGGCUACAAAACACUCAAUUCGUAUAGAAAACUUACCAGCUUCAAUUCUUCAAACUCUUGUCCUCGAAUUGAGAGUAUUCUCUCAUGUCCACUUCGGCGCUGACAAUAACACGCCAGGACCGUGGGCAAAUGAGUAUAUCGGCGUUGGAACAGAAUAUCUCGGUACAUCCGAUAAACCGAAAUUCAGUGAUAACCCAGCAUUGCAAAUUACACGCCCGCCAAUCGCUUUGGACGAAACAAACACCGCAAGUUUCGAAAUUCCAUUAUUUAUGCCGAAAGAACUCAUUUCUCCACUUUCUACACUCAACGAUAUCCUCUCUGGACAUAACGAAACAUACUUACCAUCGCAGCAGCUCUCGAAAGUUCUUUGCGAACUUAAUAUUCGAAAGCAAAACACAGAAGCAACGACACCUGAUGGUAAAACCGCUGUCCACGCGAUCAAGGAGUCCGGAUCAGUCACUCCUUCGUUCCAUUCUAACAAUCUUUUCCUUCAUUUGCAUACUUUGAUACAUAAAACAGCAAAGAAGAGGACAAGGAUCCUUAUAAGGUGCCUGGACUUCAAGCAGAAGAAGUUCAUCAACUGCUUCGACCGCUGCGAGGCUUUUAAUGGCGAAUCUUUCGCAACUGUCGUAGAAAAGGGUUCUAAGGAAUUCAAGAUCGACGAAAUGGCUUCAUUUAAUUUAGAUUUGAUCGAUGAAAAGGAUCUUAAGAACGUAGUUUUGGUUAUUGAAGUACAAAGAACAUCCAGAUCGAAAGGAACGGUCCACCAGUCAUCCUACGGUAUUCUUCCACUCACUAAUACUCUCGAUAACGCUAUAAUUGAUACACAAGCAGUUACAGAAAUUUUCUUACGAAAACCGAUUUCGGAUAACACCGCAGCAGGCUUAUCGAACGUCGUAAUGGACUGGAUAAAGAACCCCAACUCACAAACAGAGACAAAAUUAAGCUACGAACUUCAUCUUCUCUCUACAAAAUAUAUCGAAGUACAAAACGUAACUUCUGAUAGCCAUUUCCUAGCUUAUAUCCUUAACUGGGACCAGGCGUAUCAGGAACACCCAGAAAAAGCACAUGAUAUCCUUACAAUUUUGAAGUCUUUCAAUCUUGUUAAGAAAUUCCUCAUUCCUUACAUUGUUCGAGCUUUGGCCAUAAGUAUUAAUAUUCCAGAGCUCAAGGAAACCGCCUUAGAGUCCCUCCAAUUCAUUUUAACUUCGAUUGAUGCGAUGGCUCAACGUCACGCAGAGACAUACUUGUUCUUCCAGCGCUUUAUUGAUUUAUUCAAGGAAGAUCCGAAACUUGCAGGCAUCCACGGUGCACUUAUGAAGGCUAUUGAUGAGAAUAUUCCUCUUAUUUCAGAAACUAACCCUCCUUCCAAUGAAAUGAAUGGUCGUGCACAAGGACCAGCCCGUUGUCUUUCAUAUUAUCUCCAAUUGUCCCUUCUUUCCAUUGCUCUUUCAAGCAAAUCAGAAAAUGAGGGCAAAGGUACCUCCACAAUCUUCGUCGACGCUCUUCGCUCCCUUGCAGAGAAAAUCUCUGCCAUGUUUUCCGAUCCAAAAGCCAAAUACAUGUUAAUUACAACAAUUCCUUUCUUGGCAAACUCGUAUACACUACUCUGCGACCUUAUUUGGGACCAUUUUAACGAAGAUGAGGCCAUAAAACUCAUCGCAGGAAUGGUUCUCCCUGUUUUGAAGAUUAAAAACGCUUGGACAGAUCAAAAUCGUCUGAAAACAGUCUCAAUCAAGGCCAUUUCUAAGCCAAGAGCACAUACUGCUAUUUUUAAUGCCAUCCUUGAGUCAUUUACUGCUACGGAGAGCCAUCUCUUCAUGAUUGACACUUAUCCUUCUUUGGUCGCAUUACUUUUCUCAGUUUUACACUUCUCUGAUGAUGUAGAUGCUGAUAUUCUUGCGAUCCAGAACUAUAUUGAGUCCAUUUUGGUCCUUCCUGAGAAAGAAAACGAGAUUUCAGUUGAUAAUUUCAAACAAACAAUCGAAUUAUACGAAAAACGCCUCAAGGACCUUCUCGCAUGCAACCCAGAAGCACUUAUGGCCAACUGCGAUGAGGAACAAACGAAGAAUUUGGAGAAAAUUUUGAAGACUAAGAAGAUCAACACUUCUUCCAACAUUUACUAUGUUUUGUUGUUGAUCUACUUCGGCGGACAGAAGGUUUUGGAGAAUUCCUUUAAGAAGAGAAAAGAUCCAGCCGCAUUUUUCUGGAAAUUACUUGUUACAUUCAAGAUUAUCCUUGAAGACGAGAAUCUCACCGACAAACCAUACUACUUCUUCAUCUCUGUACCAGCGUUGAUCAACAUUCUUUCGUUGGUCAAGAAACCAGAAAAUAAUUUCCUUCUUAAAGACGUCGUACACCUUAUUGACUUCAUUAACUCCUUCUACAAGCAAGUCCUGAAGAUGAAUAACAAGAUGAAUUCAACAGAUCUUGCAUUAUAUCAGAGAACAUACUCUUAUAACUUAUCACCAUUAGCCGAGAUGCUUCCUAUGCUUCUCAAGAACAUCGAACAAGAUCAGCGAUUCAUCCCGUCCAUCUUUGUCCCAUUCUUCCACUUUUAUAUCUCUACCGACAACCAAAACACCAGAGAUGAAAUCGCCAACGGUUUCAGAUUGGUCGUCCAAGCAGAUUAUCGUCGUAGUGUGGCCACUCAAAAGAAAGAUUUGGACAAUAUCAAAAUCGAAAGAUCCGGAAACGCUUUCAUGGACGCACUCAACUCCAUUGCUAACGAUCCAACAGUCGCUGAGAAACUGUUAGACAUCGUUCUCCUCAUCGACCAAUCAUCAUCCGGAAUCACAGAACCGGCCAUUGCGCAGUUCUUUGAGCGCUCCAAGUCCAUUGUCAAGUACAUGCACGAUAUCCUUACCAUUCCUACCGAUGCACCUCACGAACGCGAGAAGACACAAGCUCUUACAGAAAUUCUCGAUUCCUGCCUCAAAGCGAACGAUAUCAGAUUGUUUGUCCACUUUUCUUCAAUGCUCUACGACCUCCACGUGAGAUUGAACAACAACGUCGAAGCUGCCGAAACAUUAAUUUACACAGCUUCACAUCUUUCAUGGACAGACAACACGAUUCUCGCAGAAGGUCAAGGCCAAGAAGCACAGUCAGCAUCAGAAAGAAAGUGCGCAUGUCUUAAUUUGGCUGUCAACCAUUUCAAGACAGCUUUGUUCUAUGAAUCAGCCAUUUCCGCCAUCCAGGAAUUGCGUUAUUACUAUAACAACAUUUCGUAUGAUUACAUCGCUUUGUCGAAACUCAUUGAAACGGAGAAAGAGCUCUAUAAGUUGAUUUCAACCGGCGGCGAACCGAUUCCGCUGAACAAAUUCUUUGGUGUCCGUUUCUACGGCAAUUUCGACAAAUUCUGGAAAGACAAAACAUUCAUUCACAGGAGGGAUGGAUUCAUCUCUAAUGGUUCAUUCUUGAACCAGAUGUCUUCAUGGUUCCCUGGCUCAACGAUUGUCUCCAAGCCACCAGAGGAAGUCAAAGAAGAAAUGAAAGUUAUCUACAUAUUUAACUUGAUCCCAGUUGUUGAUGAGAAAGAUGUCGAUUUUGUCUUGGAACCUCCAUCAGAAAUGAUGGUGCGAACGACAGCUAAAGUCACACAUUUCAUAUCAGAAGUUCCUCUUCGAAUCAGAAGGAAAGAUGACUUGGGCGAGAACGCAGAAGGUUUCAUCCAAACAGAAGAAUUUGUUUCACCUAUUCCUAUGCAAAGUUACACGAAACAAGUCGAACUGAAACAAAUUGGAGAACAAGUUACAUUGUCACCAAUCGAAGUAGCUAUCAGGAAUCUGAAGCAGAAAUCAAGAGAAAUCUUAGUCACAGCUGCACGAUUCUACCGAGAUAAGUACUUCUAUGAUAAAGUUGAUCGUAAUGACUUGGCCUGCUUGACAAGAUUGUUAAAUGGUAUCGCCGAUGCAGGUGUAAAUGGAGGUAUCUCAGUCUACUUGAAUUUGUUCUUUGGUGAUAAUAAUUUCGCUAAGGAAAAAGUCAAUGUUGAUAAUCGAGAAGCUCUAAGAACAGCAAUCAUCGACCAAUUAAAGACAUUGAAAUGGGGAUCGAAUUUACACCAUUUCUUGGUUGAUGAAACAGCAAUUUUACUUCACAUGAACAUUUCUUCUGCAACGAAUAAAAUGAUCAACUUGUGUAAGAGAAUUCUUGGCGAGUUCAAUGUAAAUGAACAACCAACAUUCACGCAACUUCAUGACCUCUCUUGGUUAGGUCCUUCUGAAGAUGCUGAAAACGAGGAAGAAGAACAAAAUGAAUAA